GAGCUUCCCUGUGUAUUUAUUGUACUGUUUUAUAUCGACUCUGUCCAAGAAGUAAACAUCAAUUCGGGAAAUAUGAAAAAUCGGAUUUUUGCCCGAGGUUCAUGAUUGUUUGACGACAUUUAUGACAAAUUCAGGCCAAUAUCCAUAGCUGCCAAUAGCUAGUUGAGCAUGAAUCUUGCCAGGACUUCUCCGGAAUGUGUGGCGAUGCCGUUGGCCAUCAAAUUGGAAGAGACAGCUUCGCAAGCGAUGACCAAGGAUGCUGAAGCUUUAUUGCCCUCGGAUGACAAUGAAUACGCCCAGAUCAAUGAUGAUAAACAUGCAGGGGAAGAAGAGUUAGAUGCCGAAUUUCCUGCAUCUGAUCAGGACGAAGAGGAUGAGGAGGAUGAAGUCUGGAACGAGUCCUUAGAUGGCCUAGACCUGAAAUCUCGCACGAGAGUCACACGUAAAAGAGCGAAACGCGCACCUGGCCCGGCUAAGGCCAAUCCAGCUUUAUGUGAUUGGUGUGGCAAGAGUUUGUUCAACAAAUAUGCUCUGAAAAAACAUGCCCGUGUGUGUCCCAAGAACAAAAACAUUUGUGAUGUCGAUCACGACCACAACGAGAUCGAUUUGGUAUUUUCCACGUUGCACAGCGCUCGAGACCACAUUGGGAACGAGGGUCUGGACUCGGAUUUCUCCAUUCGAAGCUCCAAUGAACGAACCAUUCGCUACAUGUGCCAUUUGAACGGCUCCUACAAGGCCAAGAAGAGCACAAAAAAGAUCUUGAAGGAGAAAUGUCCGGCUUACAUGAUCAUAUACAAGCCCGCGCAUCAAGGCUUUGCCACUUUGAGAGGCUGCCUUACCCACAAUCACAGUCAGGAGAUCAAGAAGAUCUCGGCCAAAACCAAACAGGAGCUCAAGGAUCUGGUCAAGGUUGGAGCUUCUCGAUCCGUGAUCUUGAAGGAGUUCUCGCAGAAGGCCGGAUCUUUAAAAGGUCGACUCCCAAAAGACACGGAUAUUCAGAACAUGAGAAAGACCGAAGGCACUCGAUGUGAUACUAAGGCCAUUCGGGAACGAGAUGUGGCCACGAAUCUGGCCUUAUUCACUCGACAACCGGAAUUGAGAGGCUUCCAUUAUGUCAAUCUUGUUCCACCGGGUUCAAUGAUGGACCUCGUAGUGGAAAAGAAUUUGAACUUAUCCCAAUUGGGCGUGGUUCUCAUGAGCGAACAACAACGUGAAGUGUUUCGAAGACAUCCCAAGUUGCUGCUCAUUGAGAAGGAGAAAAUCAAGCGUCUGAAGUUGGUGGUGAUCAAUUUCUUGAUUCUCAAUCCCCGGGGCGAAUGCUCGCCCAUCAUGAACAUCUUGUGCGAUGCCGAGAGUCCGGCUUUACUCAUGGAGGGCUUGAAGAUUCUCAAGCAAUUGGAACCUCAAGCCUUGUCCCAAUUGAAAGUCUACGUCUCCGAUCUGUCUCAAUUUGCCAAGAAAGCGUUUCAGGCUGAGGCUCCUUGGGUGAAACGUGUUUUGAUGGACGGAGCCUUUGAGAAGCUCAUGAAGCAACGCAUUAAGGACAAAUACUUACUCGAUGCCAUUCUCAACCUGAGAGUGCUCACUAAUAAAUUCGAGUUCUCCCAAAGGAUCUCUCAAUUCUACCAUUGUGCUCAGACCGAAGAAAUGAGUUAUUUCUUGUCAAACUACGGCCCUGAGGGCAAAUACAGCCCUUCAGUGGAAUGGGCCAGGUGCCACGCCCCCGGUGUGCCCACCUCCAUUGACAUCGCAGAGCCUUAUCUCACCCUGUUUCGCCGCCAGCUCAGCACGGUCGACCGAAUGGACAUCUGCAUUGAGAAACUCAAGCAUUCCACCAAGAUAUUCUACAAUGAACUGGCCUCCUUGAGUGGAUCGCAAGACCCAGAGACCAUGUCCAAGAUCCAGAAAGAAUUCAACAAUCUCCAUUUCAAGAAAAGUGCCGAGGAAUACUUCCUAGAGCCGGCGGACGAGAUCAUCUGUGCUCAAGAGUACUGCCAAGUCAAAUGUCAGCGAUGCCCACCUCAGUAUUGUGCCCACUUGUUCAAAUGCACGUGUUCGCAUUACGCUCAAAACGGGAUUUGCCAUCACAUGCACUCUCAUGUCAACCACCCGAGUGUUCCACCCAUGUUGUCAGCGGAUCCCAAUAGUCAGACCUAUCAGAGACCGCCUCCCGUGGUCGGAUAUGAGGACUCCAAUCCGCCUCCGGAGCCGUUUAUGGAACACGCCAAUCACAUUCCCGUGGCUGGUCCGCCUCAUCCGAUUUUGUUUGAUGAGUCCGUGGCCAACCUUAGGAUGAUCCUGAGCAAGCUGGAACAUCAGGGACAUGUGAUGAGUCUGGUUGAGCUCCGACAAGUGCACGAAAAGUCAAAGGAUCUCAUGGAAAUCCUCAAGAGCCAUCCAGAUCUCUGAGAGGAACCGAAAUCAAACCAAUUUCUUGCCAUAUUUGUUAACACUUGUUGCCAAGUUUAGGAGUACAAAAACAACAACACAUUGCUUCCAUUAAAUAUCACAUGCUCGUUUCUUUGAA